GCCCAAACGACACACGGCCGGGAAGAGAAGGCUUCCUCCCAAAGCCUUCCAAGCCAGGCACACGACCGCCGCAGCCGACAUGGCCGCCGGACCCACGUGCCGCCGGCCGCGGAGGCGCAGUCUCUGGUGGAGUCGUUCUGCGCCGUCACCUCGGCGACCCCCGACAAGGCGGCCUUCUUCCUCGAGGGCCCAGCCGCCGUUCGCUCCUUCUACGACAACACGGAAGUCGACGCCGUUGGCCCCGAUCCGGCACCCCAGCCCCCGCCAGCCGGUUCGCCUCCGUGCUCCUCACCACGCGCCACGACACCAUCGACGACCUCCUCCAUACCGGCGAGCUCGCGCUAUGUUCAGUUGUGCUCAUGUCCGGGCUCAUCAUAAUCCUGAGCAGCGCCGCCAAGAUCACUCACCAGGCGCGGGCCCUCACUGGCCAGACCACCAAGUUGCACGCCUGCUGCACCAUCGAGCCGGUCCCAGACGACGAGAUAGAUCCGGGAUCCAACCAGAACUCCAUGCUGGAAGAGUACCCCGAGGACGAGAGCGACCGCGAGACCGGCGACGAGGACAUGCUGGAGAACACCAAGUUCCUCCAGCCUCACACACACGUGAUCUCCUUCGAAAAGAGGCAGGCACUAGUGACAUACCUGGAGAACAACAAGGCCGGCAUCACCGUGUUCAGAUUCACGCUGGACCUGCCGUACCUCCACACGAUAUUCAUGCUCGAGUGGACGCUCUUCCUGUGGCUGCUGGGGAAAACAGUCGGCUUCUCGUGAACGUCAAGGAAUGUCAUCGUCCUUCCCAGCCAGGUGGUUCGAUUCCGUUCCAUGUUUUUUUGCUGUCGCCCGUUUGAUCCUUGUGAAAAGAGAAGGAAUAGGGUUUUCUCUGUGUGCGCGCGGGUGGCACGUGAGUGGUGUGCACUUGUAUGUUGCUAGCAGCGAUUCUGUGUGAUGGUCGUGUAAAUUAUUAUGGGUUGAUUGCUCGUGGAUGUAAGGUGUAUGUACAGGUUUAGAUAAGUGCUUUAGAGCCUCGUGCGUGCGUGCGUGACGCUUGGCAUUGCAGGUUUAUAAUCUCGGGUUGUAACUUGUAAGCCAGCAUCAGUUGUAGAGCAGGUGUGUCAAAAAAAGAAAAUUCUUUCCUUAAUUUUGGUUCU